AUGGCGGUCUCAAUGACGUCUCCAAGUGUCGGGUCUGGAGCGCCGCUCUCCGUCUCCCGGACGGUCACCGACGUACUAAGCUUUUCAGGGCAGGGUGACGGGCUAUUCAUUCUGUCCGAUAAGGAUGACGCAUUAGAAUGCGUGGUGUUGACUCUAGGUCGUAAAUGGCCAAAUGCGAUGGAGUCACCCGGGUCGGAGUCUGAGUCGAACUCCGGCGCAAAUAAAUACGCAAGACUGGAGUCGUUGGGAUGGUGUAUCCCGACCGCGCCGCACCGACUACACAUCGACCGACUGUACGAGACCAACCACUCUAGUAGUUUUCGCUGCGUUAAGUAG